GGGGCACUGGGGCAGCCCGGUUGUGUCCGGGUAAGAUGGCGAUGCAAGAGCAGUGCUCGGCACCACCUCAAUGGCGGUCCAUAUCUCUGACACACGUAGAGUUUGCCGAGGGUGAUCUCACAGGGCAAGUACUGGCUUACAUCACUCUCCUGCCCAUAGCGAUUCUUGUGGGUUUUGUUACUCUCAUAGUGUUUAAACGGGAACUGCACACGAUAUCAUUCUUUGGUGGGAUCGUCCUAAAUGAAGGGGUGAACUGGGUGCUGAAGCACAUCCUCAGAGAGCCUCGCCCAUGUGCAGGGGCUCAUUCAUCUGUUCCCACAGAGUAUGGGAUGCCCUCCAGUCAUUCCCAGCUUAUCUGGUUCUUUGUUGUUUACUUCUUUCUUUUCCUUUAUUUAAGAAUGCAUCAAACAAACAAUGCUCGAUGUGUGGACCUACUAUGGAGACACAUACUGUCCAUCAUCCUGUUGGGCAUUGCCUUAUCAGUCUCAUACAGCAGGGUCUACCUGUUGUAUCACACCUGGAGCCAGGUUUUCUAUGGCGGAGUGGCUGGUAGUACGAUCGGUAUAAUCUGGUUCUUCUUCACACAAGAGGUGCUGACACCAUUAUUCCCCAAAAUAGCAGCGUGGCCAAUAUCAGAGUACUUCCUGGUGCGAGACACAAGCCUGAUCCCCAACAUCUUAUGGUUCGAGUACACAGUGACCAGAUCAGAGGCAAGGAACAGACAAAGAAAGCUUGGAACAAAACUUCAGUGAUCUGCACAGUACUCUUGUGAAACUGAGUUUAGGACCACACACAUGCACAUACACAUUCAUGCACACAAAACACAAAUGUUAAUAAAAAAAAAAAUAAACAAAAAAAAACAUUGAAAAACACACUGGAGAUCCAUCUUUUGGACUGACGUGGUUGCAAGGAGUAAAGGGCAAAACCGUUUACAGGUGGCGAAAGAGUGCCUGGACCUGGCCCGGAGCCUAUAGCCUGAGCAAGUCCGUCCACACGCCUCUCCUUCUUGUACAGCUUGCCCAAAAUGCUCUCCAAUGCAUGCAAGACUGUGCAAGAGGCAUACUAUUUAAUGAUAGAUUAAUAUAUAUAUUUUAACUAUAAACGCACGCUGACAGUAACAGUGUACUGUAAGAGAUUCAAAAGGCCCAAAAGGAGGCCUUGGUCAAGUUUUAAAACAAAUUGGUGGGCGUCCUUACAGCAUGUACUUAGUGAUUCCUUUUUUUAAAAUCUUCUGAUGGAUAGCAGGUGGGAAGGUGUGGGGACGGGGGGGUUGGUUAUGGUUAGGAUUAGGGUUAUGUGGAAUUAACCAUCUUUUUUCAUUGUUAUAUAACGAAUAAAGAACAAUUUCUUAAAUUGGUUAUUAUGUAAUAUACGUGAAAAUUUGCACUUUGUGAAAUUUGCAAGUAAGGAAACAACUAACACUAGUUAAAUGUUAAGACCCUGCCCCCGGUUUCCCCCAUCAGUCUUUGCUUUGUGUCUAUGACUGUCAGUCCUAAUAUAUUAGACUCCAAAGCUAAUUUGCAAGCAGUGUAAAUUUAAUGUACCUUAUAAACUAUUGAGCGUUGAGGCUGUGUUUUCCGCUCCUAUCCAUUGAGAGACUGACUCAUAGCAGCGGGUUUCAGUUGUUUUUGUUGCUGAACACACUAUGGACUGAGACGGUGUUUUCUUAUUGCCUCACAUACAGUAGCAGCCUGGGAACAGAAUUCUGGGAAACAGUUAUAUCUCUUUGUUUUUUUUUUUCUGUCUCUCACUGUUUAGUAUCUUAUCUUGUUUUCUGCUGUUGCAGAGAACGUUUUCUUUUUACCUGCAUUUUCCAAGACAACAUUCCAUAUCAUUUAGUGAGACAAAAUACAUAAUGACCGCUGAGGAAUUAUGUUUUCUUUUUGUAUUGUUUUUGAAGAAAAGAAAAGAAAAAAAAAUCCUCGGGUCAGUCGUAGCAUGUGAUUAUGCUUAAUUCCUCAUGGCCCACGGCAGCUAAUGAUGAAAGCUGUCAAGUGGGGAUCUGAAGCUGAUUUAAAACUGUCAUAUCAUUAGCUCCACAAAGGGAAGUAGUUCUCUUAGAAUUUGUUUUUUCCAUGUGUAACCUAUGUCAGGCUGAAUAAAGAUGUGUUUAUGUACAAAAAA